AUGUCUCAUAAUGAAUUGAUUAUGGAGGAAAACUUGUUAACGGAUGCAAAUUUAUUAUUAAAAAAGAAAAUAUCAUUAAAUGAUUUAAAUAAUAUAUUUGUAAAUGUUAUUCAAAAACAAUAUUAUCUUUUUAAAAAUAUUUUAGAAGAAAAAUCUCAAUAUAUUGAAAAGGUUCUUAAUCAAAUUGUUGAAAAUGAAAAUUUAUUAUUUGAAAAAUUUCUAAAAAUUUCUUUAAAAUCAAAGAAAAAAAAACGAAAACAAGAAAUAUUUUUUAGUUCAAAAAAUCGAAUAAAACAAAUAAAAAGUUCAAUUAAUGAUAUUAUUAAUACAGUUAGUCAAAAUUCAUUUCGAAUUUAUUCAAAUGAUCAAGAUAUUUUAAAAAUCUAUUGGCGUUCAUGUUCAUCUAAUGAUACUCAUUUUAAUAAUAAUAAUAUCAACAAAUUUCCUUUCUUUGAUUCUUCUUUACCAUAUCAAUGGAAUUUUCCAAAAUUAGAAAAAAUAAAGCGUCAUUCAAUAAUCAUUUAA